AUGGGGCGAAGAAAACGCAGAGACUAUCAAUGGGGUUCGUGCGUGGGCACGUGCGCGCACGGCGGGCGCUGCGUAGCAGGCGCAGGCGGCGGCGCGUGCGCGUGCGCUGGCGCGUGGGGCGGCCCGCGCUGCCAGCACUACGUGGGCCACGAUCACGCCUGCCUCGCCGCCGCCUGCCCGCCGCCCACCGUCUGCGUGUGGAGACCCUCCAGUGACCCCGCGAAGGCGGGCACGCCGUACUGCGCGUGCGGCGAGGGGCUGCAGUGCGGCGCGGGGAGCGCGGGGGCGGAGGCCGGCGCGGCGGGCGCGGGCGCGGCGGCGUGGGGCGCGGGGCUGCUGGCGCUGCUGGCGCUGCUGGCCGCGCUGCUGGCCGCGCUCUACCUCGUGCACAGGAGGCGACACGGCGCGUUCGUGCACGCGCGGCUGGCGGAGGGCGGCGCGGAGGCGCUGGAGAUCAGCAACCCCAUGUACCUGGGGGACGACGAGCCGCCGCCCGAGCCCCACGCCCACGCCCACCGCAACCGCGCCAACACUAACGGCGGCAACCACUUCGCGAACCCGAUCUACGAGAGCAUGUACGCGCCGGACGCCGCGCCCGCCGAGGUAACGCGCGCGUACGGACGCCUCGCCACCACCGACAUG